AUGUUCAGAGGUGAGAAAUUGGUCAGCGACCUCAAAACUAUUGGACAAGUUUUCAAAAUACCUCCUCCCAGUGAGCACAUCCACAUCAUUGUGGAGUUGCCCGCCACCACUGAUGUAAAGUUGUCAUAUACACCAAGACUAGGAGGCAUUGGUGGAACUAUGAUCUUGGCAACUGAAGGAGAAAGAGUUGGUACUUAUGAAGGAAUCAACCUCAACAGUCCUGAUAUUUGCCAUCGUGAGCAGACAAUCCAAAAGCUUGUAGAGAAGAUCAGUAAAGUAGGUUUUUUACUCGUUCGGUCUCCACCCAUGUCUGGAAAGACCUCAUUGGGCCAACUAUUAGAACAACACCUAGUUAAAGAUCCUAAUAUUCGAGUAAUUCGAAUCUCACUCUUAUGGAUGGGAAUCCCUAGUGGAACCUGGACAUUUGAGGAGGAGUUUGAGCGACUUAUGAGCAUAACUUGGAAAAAAUUUCAAGAUGAGUGUGGUCAUAUUCGGACUAUAUUUAUUGUUGACGAAGUUCAGAUGCUUUAUGUGCCUCAAGGUGAACACGAGACUGCUUCACGUCACAAGGGUAAUGUCUUUUGGGAAACGGUGAAGCGGUGCCAGCAGAUCAGUAACUUAAGUAUUGUUGCCUUUGCUGCAUAUGGCUACAAGGGUGCAUGGGAUCUUUCGUCUGCAACUUACACAAUAGAUGUGUCACCUUUUAUGAUUCUUCCUGAAAACACAUGGAGCAUAGAAGACGUGCGCUUCACUGAGGAAGAAUACAAAGAUUAUUUUUUACGCUUUUGCAGUACACAUCUCAAAAAUAUGGAAGAUGAGGAUGAUAUUAACUAUUUACAGGAAUACGGCUUUCGUGGGUUUGCACAUAUUAAAAAUCUUACUCCAGAGGAAGAAGAACUUUGUGAUAGGGUAUUCCGAGGACCCAUUAAUAUCAGACAGUCAUAUAGCACAUCAGGAAAAGAAAAAAGGCUAGUCAGGACAAACUUACUUAGUGAACAAGAUGGUAAACUCGAUUUUGCUUCACCCUACUUGCGCGCACUCUAUCUGCAGCGGCGUUGGGGGAGCACCAUUAGGCCAAUAAUUCCUCCUCAAGAUUUCAAAAGCUUCCUCCGUGGAACCUUCACAAAUAUGAAUGCUGAGGCUAUACGAAAUUCAUAUUGUGUUGGUACAGAUGGUCAGCUUCUGGAGCGCGCUUGGCAAAUGGAAUUUUAUCAGGCUGCUACUCAAGUCCUACCAGCUGACAUAUUCAUUUCUCCUGAUGUUGGAACAUACUGGGGGUCAAGUGGAUAUAUGGAUUUCUUUGUGGGUGACGGCCGGAGUUGGGCAAUUGAGUUACUACGGGAUGGUGAAAAAGCAUCUGACCACAAGAGUCGUAUCAAUAAAAUCUAUAAACCUAUUAGGAAGAUCAGCAAGGAAUGGGCUAUCAUUGACAUUCGACAUCCUGGUCUUCCUAAUAAUAAUCCAGAAUAUAGUGCUGAUCAUCAUUGGAUAAACGUAUAUUGCCAGGAGGGUUGGAAGUCUGUGAUCAUUGAAGAUAAGGAUGAGAAAGUUGAGGUUAAGCUCAUGGGAGAGUAUCUGUAG